GUAAAUAAAAAACCUCCCAAAAGAAACUCAAGUCAGAAUGUAGAAGACCCGAGGACCGAUACCAUCGAGGAUUUGGGUUUAAAGCGUAUUUUCUCCUAACAACUGGAACAGAUCUAACCGUGCACCAGAAUGCGUGUGCUGUUUGCUCUGGGGCUCCCGGUGUCGCUGCUGCUGCACGUGUCCACCUGUCUGCUCCUGGGAGCCUUCAACAUCAGGUCCUUUGGGGACAAGAAAUCGUCCAACACAACUCUGAUGGACAUCAUUAGCACGAUUGUUCACCGGUAUGAUGUCAUUCUGAUCCAGGAAGUCAGAGACAACGAUCUGUCUGCAACUAAGAAGCUGAUGGCCCGCGUCAACAAAGAUGCUCGUGUGUUCGGCUACGUAGUCAGCGAGCCUCUGGGUCGCAGCACCUACAAGGAGAGGUACCUGUUUCUCUACAGGGAGGAGAGGGUGGCGGCGGUGAAACACUACACCUACGACGACGGAUGUGAAGCUUGUGGGACGGACACCUUCAGCAGAGAACCGUUUAUCGUCAUGUUUUCCUCCAAAUACACCACUGUGGAGACCUUCGUCCUGAUCCCUCAGCACACCUCUCCAGACUACGCCGUGGUGGAAGUAGACGCUCUGUAUGAUGUGGUGGCUGACGCUCGUCAUCGCUGGAACACAAAUGACGUGGUGCUGCUGGGCGACUUUAACGCAGGCUGCAGCUUCGUGACAAGUUCUGAAUGGCAGCAGAUCCGCCUCUUCACUGACCAGAGUUUCCUCUGGCUGAUCCCAGAUCAGGCCGACACCACAGUUACCCACACCAACUGUCCCUACGACAGGAUCGUGGUCUCCUCUGACAUGAUGAAGGGAGUGGUGGAGGGCAGCGCAGGAGUCUACGACUACAUGCUGGAUCUGGACCUCAGCCUGAGCCUGGCGUUGGCGGUUAGCGACCAUUUCCCCGUGGAGGUCACGCUGGUUGGUUCGGACGGGGCCGACUGAAUCCAGAUCAAUCCGAGUGCGACUCUCGUCGAGGACAAG